GCGGGGGCGGCCCCGGCGGGGCUGGGCCGCCUCGGCGGGGCAGUGCGGAGCGGUGGCGCCGGGGAUGCGGAGCGGCCGGGCCCCGGGCAGAUGAUGGCGAUACGCGAGCUCAAAGUGUGUCUGCUUGGCGAUACUGGGGUUGGGAAAUCGAGCAUCGUUUGUCGGUUUGUCCAGGACCACUUUGAUCAUAAUAUUAGUCCUACUAUUGGAGCAUCCUUCAUGACUAAAACUGUGCCAUGUGGGAAUGAGCUUCAUAAAUUUCUGAUCUGGGACACAGCUGGUCAGGAACGGUUUCAUUCCUUGGCUCCAAUGUACUACCGAGGUUCAGCAGCAGCUGUGAUAGUGUAUGACAUCACCAAACAGGAUUCAUUUCAUACUUUGAAAAAAUGGGUGAAAGAACUAAAAGAACAUGGUCCUGAAAACAUUGUAAUGGCUAUCGCCGGAAACAAAUGUGAUCUUUCUGAUAUCAGGGAGGUUCCUAUGAAGGAUGCCAAAGAAUAUGCAGAAUCUAUAGGUGCAAUUGUCGUUGAAACCAGUGCAAAGAAUGCUGUUAACAUUGAAGAACUUUUUCAAGGAAUAAGUCAGCAAAUCCCACCCUUAGAUCCUCAUGAAAACAGUAACAAUGGAGCAAUCAAACUUGGAAGGCAGACUUCACAGAUGGGUAGGCGGUGCUGCUGACCCAACUUGAUCUUUUUAGAUUUACUUGAAAAACAGCACCAUUUGCCUUUUUUUUUUUUUUUUCAAUGAGAAAGGACUUCGUGAUCUCAGUGACGUGGCUCCUUAUCUUGAAAGCAGUAAUUUCAAUACUUCCCAUGAGCAAUAACGCAAGGACCAGAAGCAGAAGGCUUUACUUCAAAGGGAUUUUGCAAAACCCAGUUGGAAAAUCCUCUCUAAUAUCCUGUCGAAAUGACAAUGUCAAAGUACUCCGAUUCUCUGUUUAAACUAGUGACUGUUUUUUUUUUUUUAAUAAAAAGAUCAGUUCAUAUAUAUCAUUUAGGUUUGCUGCAAAAACCUAUCUUCUUACAUUUGCAAAGUGGACUUGGCAUGUUUCUAGAGUUUUCUCUGUAAUAAUAGGGUGAAAAAAACCCCAUAAAUCCUGAGUUUUGGCUUACAAUUUCUCUGCCAUCUUUUUAUCUGAACUCUGCUUCACAAGUUUUCUAAAUCUGCAGCUUCACCUCCUACUUUCAGUAAACAUCAGCAAGAAGGAAACUGAAUUUGCUAACUGAAGAAAAAAAUGGAUCCAAGGGAUGAGUGAAUGCAGUUUUUUAUGGACUGGAAGUCAAAAUCUGUGUCAGGAAGUGCUGUGUAUGUGGAAGAAGGUGUUGUCAUGAAGGAAACUGCUGGACUCCAUAUAGUUCCAGUGUGCUCCAGAAAGAAGUGAAAAUGCAGCCACUGUGUAGACUGGAAUGAUUCCCUGUGCAGGGUGUGGGUUUCAGUAAUUGCUGAAAAUGUAAAAAGAGCAUAAGUACAUGCUUGAUCUCCACUGCUUACCAGGGUUCCUCCAAAUCUGUGCCCCAGACCAAAGCUAUCUGUGUUCAAAGUUGCAUAUUCUUUGGUUUCUAAAAGAGGGUGCCACAGUGCCUCACUCCUCACGGUCUCACUGCCGUGCUCCAAGAGGUCUUUGAGUUCAGAGAAUGAUAUUUCUGUACACAAAAACUGCACAAGAGAGCACAAUAUAAUUUGGGCUCAGAGGCUGGAAUCUAAAAAAAACAAACAUGAAUGUCUGCUUACAUUAAUGUGUUUUUGUAAUCAUGUAAUUCCCUGAAUUUGUGGAGUAGUCUUCUUGAUUGUGUGGGGAUGUGGUGUGGAAGACACACUGUGUGAUAUCAAGCAUGAUGCACUUGGAAAUGCAGUGGAGGAAAAAAUUCCUACAGAGGGUUAUGAACUAGAAAGAAUGUAAAACCAUAUGUGUUUUCCACUUCCUUCUUUUUUGAAUUUGUGUGACUGAGAUGAUAAAAUCCAAAUUUGUCUUCUUCAUCAAUUUCAUUGGAAGUGGGAAUUAGAGUAAGAAAUGCUGUAUUCAAAACCAGAGCCCAGCCUGAAUUCCACAACAUUAAUUUGUUCUCUUAUGAGGAAAAUUAUCGCCGCUGCACAUUUUCAGGAGGGCUUAUUAAAAGCAAACAAAAGGGAAAAAUAACUUUCCACAAUAAAUCAUGAGCAGACAGCCUAGAGCGUGGUUUCCGUGUUGAUACAUAGAAAAUCAGACCUUAUUGGCUGGUUGUGAGAUUGCUUAGAUAAAAUGUCACUAAUUGUUAGGGCUUGAAACAGAGCCAGAUAAAAUCAACAGGAACAUUUUGUCUCCAGAGGGCUUGGAGUAGUAUAGGUGGGAAAUAUCCCUCUGGAUUUUAUCUAAGAACAUACGCUUCACUGUUUUUUCACAUAUAAUUAAUUCCUUCUAUAUUUUGGACUCCUUUGAAAACAUUCUAGAAAAUAUGGCCUCGGAUAUUUUGGGUAAACUUUCCGUUUUCAGCUGUGCUGAUAUACAAUCCGUGUCUCUGACUCAUUGCAGCAACUAUUUUACUGAUAGUCUAGGGUUAUUUAAGUGAAAAUUCAGUAAUCAUCACUGUUGAUAGCUGGGGAGGGAGACAGGCUCCUUUAGGGAACAUUUAAUUCCAUCCAGUACAAGCAAGUCUGCCAGGGAUGCCUGGCUCCUUCAUUUGGCUGGGGAGGGAAAAGCUUCAUGUGGCCUUCAGUGCUAAGGAAAUACCAAACUUAACAACAUCACAGGUUCUUACAUUUUAUGGGGUCUGUGACCCAAUGCUGGAAGAGAUCUGAUUCCUCCUAAGUAAAACCCAGUAAGAGGCUAGACUAGUUACCCAGAAAACAAGGUGAGAUUGAACCCAUGUUUUUGGAGGUGUCGUAAACUUUAGUUCAACAUAUAGCAGUUAUCCAUAAUUGAUUUUUAAGCUUUUGUAAAUCAUUGUUACAUAUUUUUUUUGAACAUGGCAUCUCAAAAUUUACUAAAUCCUAAAUGAGAUGUCUGAAAGCUUUGUAAGACAAUUUUGUGAGUACCUUUUGUGAGUACUCUAAUUUGUGUUAGAGAUGGCAAUUGAUGCUGAUUUUUAUGGGACGUUGUCCUGAACAACAAGUUCUCACUUGUUGUUCAAGUCCUGUUCUGGCUUUGAGCAGUGUGUGAAUCAGAACAGGUUUAUAUGUUAAAAUAGUUUUAAAUUGGAAGUUUUUACAAUGGAUCUCUGAGGGAUUUUAAAAUUUGAAUGGUGACUAAAUAGGUUUUGCUUUAGGUGGGGCAGAUCUAAAUCACUUUAUUCUGCUUUUAGUCAAGAAAAAGACUUAAAUUAAUAAGGAUUCUGAUUGUAUAAGUUCUUGAGGUUUGGGUUAUUGGGAGCUUCAGCAGAGAAGUCUGAAGCCAGAAGAAAAAUGAGGCAAUGUGCUGUGCAGAGCGUCUCGUAUUUUCUCUGAACACAG